GGUAUUUGUGUGGAAGGAGGCGGAGGCGCAGGAGGAAGGGGGAAGCGGAGCGCCCGUAGCCCCGGAGCCGAGGCCGCCGCGGCCGUGGCGGCGGAACCCUCAGCCAUGGCCUCGGGCGACACCCUCUACAUCGCCACGGACGGCUCGGAGAUGCCGGCCGAGAUCGUGGAGCUGCACGAGAUCGAGGUGGAGACCAUCCCAGUGGAGACCAUCGAGACCACGGUGGUGGGCGAGGAGGAGGAGGAGGACGACGACGACGAGGACGGCGGCGGCGGCGACCACGGCGGCGGGGGCGGCCACGGGCACGCGGGCCACCACCACCACCACCACCACCACCACCACCCGCCCAUGAUCGCGCUGCAGCCGCUCGUCACCGACGACCCGACCCAGGUGCACCACCACCAGGAGGUGAUCCUGGUGCAGACGCGCGAGGAGGUGGUGGGCGGCGACGACUCGGACGGGCUGCGCGCCGAGGACGGCUUCGAGGACCAGAUCCUCAUCCCGGUGCCCGCGCCGGCCGGCGGCGACGACGACUACAUCGAGCAGACGCUGGUCACCGUGGCGGCGGCCGGCAAGAGCGGCGGCGGCGGCUCGUCGUCGUCGGGCGGCGGCCGCGUCAAGAAGGGCGGCGGCAAGAAGAGCGGCAAGAAGGGCUACCUCGGCGGCGGGGCCGGGGCGGCGGGCGGCGCGGACGCGGGCAACAAGAAGUGGGAGCAGAAGCAGGUGCAGAUCAAGACCCUGGAGGGCGAGUUCUCGGUCACCAUGUGGUCCUCAGGUGAGCGCCGGCGCGCGCCGGCCCCCGGGAUGUUUUUGUUUUGA